AUGGUCAUCACUAAUUGGUUAUCACAGUACAUUGACACUGACAGGUGUAAUGCUUAUAAAUCCAUUAUGUCUUCUGCAGGUAAUUGUCCAUCAGAAGAUGUUCUUGCUCUCUAUUGCUUGUCACAUGCAGAUAUAUUCAGGUCUAAAAAAGUUAUUGAGCUUGGUUCUGGCUACGGCUUGGCUGGAUUUGUUAUUGCAGCUGCUAAGGAGGCAACGGAGGUUGUAAUCUCAGAUGGAAAUUCACAAGUAGUAGAUUAUACUCAGCGUAACAUUGAAGCUAACUCUGGAGCAUUUGAAGAUACAGUUGUAAAGUCUAUGACUCUUCACUGGAAUCAGGAAGAUAAUUCUAAUGUUGCAGACACAUUUGAUAUCAACAUUGCAAUUGAUUGCACUUUCUUUAAGGAUUUCCACAGAGACCUUGCUCGUAUUGUCAAACAUUUAUUAUCAAAAGCAGGAUCUUCUGAGGCUAUAUUUUUAAGUCCCAAAAGAGGCUACUCAUUGGACCUGUUCUUGGAGGUGGCCAAGGAAAAUGGCUUGCAUUUCAGCGUAAUGGAGAACUAUGACAAAGAAGUUUGGAAACGUCACGAGGGAUUCUUGAAUGAAGAUAGGGACUCUUGGCUCAGUUAUGACAAAGGCCACCACUAUCCUCUCUUAAUCAGAAUUACCCUUUGAAAUUUCUUUCAGACAUUCUCCCGUGGCCUCUUUCUAUUGUUGGUUGACCCUUGCUAGACAAAGUUCAAACCUAUUCCGGGACAGGAAUUGUCCUAAUACAGACACUUACCAAUUGCAUGCUUUCGUUGCGUCAUAUAUUAUUUUGUUGGGGUCACAUAUUCAGUAGACAGCACUCUUCUCAGCCACGAAGGCUCAAACGAAUAUGUAUGCAGUGAUUCACCACUAAAGUGAAGAUUAAUACUAAAAGCACCCCAGAUAAGAAAAACCUUUUCUUUUUUUGGCUAA